GACAUGCACAUGUACAAGAAGAUGUAUGAUUACUCAUCAUAUUGAGUGAUAUGAUUAUUACGAGUUAUUAACAAAUGCUCCUCCCUUGACCAUGAUAUGCUAAUGAGCACAGGAUAAUAACUCCAGUCUGAGUUUACAGCUCAGUGGCAAAGAGAUCAAGAGCUCCUGUCAAACAGAUGCAUGAACCAAACAGGUCUGAUGUUGUUUUUGAGGAAAAACAUCUCUGUAACGAAUCAGCAAAUUUAUCUGACAUGAGAGCAGUCACCACCACGUAUUUACUGUGUGUUUUUGUUGGCUCUUUAUCAGUUCUUAUCAUGUGUGGAAAUCUUCUGUUAAUAACCUCCAUUGUUUACUUCAAACAGCUUCAUACUCCGACAAACUAUCUCAUCCUCUCUCUCGCUGUAGCUGACCUGCUUGUUGGUGUUUUCAUUUUGCCAUUUAGCACAAUACUAUCUGUAAGCUCUUGUUUUUAUCUUCAAGAGUUACUUUGUAAGUUACGAGGCAGUUUUGAUAUGUUUCUGUGCACAUCUUCUAUUUUGAACUUGUGUUUUAUUUCUGUUGACAGAUACUACGCUGUGUGUCAGCCCCUGAGGUACAAAGCUAAGAUAAAUGUCCGUGUUAUUAUGAUCAUGAUCCUGGUGAGCUGGACUGUUCCUGCUCUAAAUGUAAUUAGCAUCAUAAUUUUGGGAGUGGACCAAGAACAAACCAACAGAGGGUGUGUUUUAUUUCAAAAUGCAAGUCUAAAUUUAGCAUUUAGUGGAACCAUCCUGGCAUUUUACCUCCCAGCUCUCAUUAUGUCCAUGAUUUACCUAAAGAUUUUGAUGGUGGCACAGAGACAGGCACGCAGCAUUCAGAACAAUAUCUCUCUUGGCAUAAAGCCUGGAGCAACUGUCAGUAAGAUGGAGAGAAAGGCCACCAAAACUCUGGCUAUUGUAAUGGGAAUUUUUCUCAUCUGUUGGACUCCUUGCUUUCUUUGUUUGACUUUUAACCCUUUGAGUGGCUACACAAUACCAGUUGCUGUGAUUGCAGCUUUUAAAUGGCUUGGAUGGUCAAAUUCAAUGCUCAAUCCAUUUGUUUAUGCCUUCUUCUACAGCUGGUUUCGAUCAGCUUUUAGAAUGAUUAUUUCUGGGAAAAUAUUUCAAGGUGAUUUUACUAACUGUAAGCUCUUUUGACUCAUUAUUUACAGUUCUGUUAUGUUGGUAAAGUUAUCUGUGGUUUGGCACUAAAGAUUUUCAUCCUUUCUGCUGCAAGAGAUAAAAAUGUCACUGUACUAUUCAUAAAGUACCUGUAUACAUCUUAAUGCACAUAGUAAACAGUGUCUAUGGUAAGCUCAACGUGAAUGUCUGUAAAUAAAAGUAUGAAUAAUAUGUAUCGUUGGCACUUUUUUUUGCCUGUAUUCAGUUUGUACCUGCAUGUUGAAUACAUGAGUAUUCAUCAUCUGUUUUUAUAUACAAAGCUUUAGGAACAAAUGAAUGUUAUUAAUAAUUAUCCUACAGCAGUUUUUAUCAUUUUGUUUUGGCUCAAGAAGUAAAUAAAUCAAUAGCUGGAAGUUUCAUCAUUCUAAAUGACAUUAAAUAAAGAGUAACUGCAACAUACUAAAUAAGACUUGUUCAUUUACAAUACAAUCAGUAAUUUUAGCAGCAGAACACCAUGAAUUACAUUACACUAAGGAUGGGUGGCUGUAUAAGAUCCCUUUAACACACUGAGAUAACAAAAAUAUGGACAUAUACUUUAUCAUCCUUUAUUGUGCAAAAAUUAUUCG